CAAUAAAAAGAAACCAUUUCAGAUAAUUGGUUUUCAAGAGGACAGUAGAAAUCUGAAAAUCUCCAUUGUUUUCUUCUUUUCGCUGCAAUUUCAAAUCAAGGGUUUUUCUUUAAAAGACAUAAAAAAAGAGCCCAAAAAUCUUUUGCCUUUGUUAAAUUUUUUUCUUUUCAAAGUUCACCCCUAUAAUUCCUAUUCAUUAUCUUUUUUUUUUUUUUCUGAAAUAUCUGUCACCCUUUUUCUCUGUCUCUCUCUCUCUCUUUCUAUCUUUCUGUAACUGUGUAUUUGAUGGCUGAAGCAACAUAUAGAGGGUGAAAGUGAUUUUAGGGUAUCAAAUUUAAUUAGAGAGUGAUUUCAGUUGUUCUACAGGUUCUAGCUGCAGGAGAACUAGUUUCGUUCGACGUUGGUUUGACUCUUUGAUCUUAAGAAUGUUGGUUUGGAGGACGCGUGCUUGUUCAACGUGAGCAACAGAUAGCUGAUGCAUUCAAUAAUUCAACUUAUUGUUCAGUUGCAGCGUAGUUCGCUUCGCUGUUCAUGCUCCCCAUUCUUGACCCAACCUCUCUCUUAAACGAACAAUUUUUUUUCUCCUUUUUCAUAAUAAUGAGCUUACUAGUCUUUCCAUUACACAAAGGUCUUAGAUUAGAUUAGCUCUUGUCUGAAUCAAACCCUUUUUCUUUCAUAAUUGUAGAGAGAGAACAUGUUCACAGAGAAUCAAAGAGGCUAAGGAAAGUUGUUAAUGGUGGUAUUUUCUUGGUUUUAUCUCAAGAAAUCAUGGAAGGAUUAGGUGAUGAUCAUCUCCAAGAUAACCGUCGCCCCAACUUUCCAUUCCAAUUGCUUGAAAAGAGGGAAGACGAAACCGGCUGCUCCACCAGUUCCGUCUACUCUUCCUUAGCCAUCUCUGCGGAUGCGUCCAACCUUAGCAUCAUCACUCGAUCAACUGCUGCCUCCACCGGCCUCGACACCGCAGAGCCAUCCAAGAAGCCACCGCCCAAGCGAACGUCGACAAAAGAUCGCCACACAAAAGUCGAUGGACGUGGCCGGCGCAUCCGCAUGCCCGCUCUUUGCGCUGCUAGGGUUUUCCAGCUUACACGCGAGUUAGGUCACAAGACUGAUGGGGAAACCAUCGAAUGGCUGCUCCAACAAGCCGAGCCGGCAGUUAUUGCUGCCACUGGCACCGGUACAAUCCCCGCGAAUUUCACUUCCCUCAAUAUAAGCUUACGCAGCUCGGGUUCUAGCAUAUCAGUACCAUCUCAAUUAAGAUCUACCUAUUUCAAUCCGAAUUUUUCGAUGCAACAACGCCGUGGCCUUUUUCCGGGCUUAUCAUCGGAGAAUUCCUUGACAACCUUGUUGAAUUUUCAGGCCGGAAAUUUAAACCCUAGUUUGAUGCAAGCUAAGCAAGAAAUAAACCAACACUCAUUACACUUAAAGGAGGCUGAGGAUAGUUUAGGGCGGAAGCGGAGGGUGGAGCAAGAGUUGCAGCCACUGCAUCACCACCAAAUGGGAACUUAUUUACUACAGUCAACCACGGGGUCGAUGCCGGCGAAUCAUGCCUCAGUUCCGUCCAAUUUUUGGAUGAUUCCAAAUUCCAGUAACCAAGUUAUGGGAGGUGAUCCAACAUAUAAUAGUGCUGCCGCUUUAUAUAGAGGUACUAUGUCUAGUGGGUUGAAUUUCAUGAAUUUUCCGACGGCCGUGGCGCUAUUGCCUAAUCAACAGUUAAGCACCGGCGGAUUAGGGGAGGGGCAAUUGGGGUUAGCGGGGCUAAAUCCAUAUCGGUCUGGUGACGAAGUAUCGGAAUCUCAGGUGAGAGGUUCCCACGGAGGCGGCGAUGAUCGGCACGAGACGACGAGCCACCAUUCAUGAAUGAUCAUCAUUGAGUUUUUGCUUUGCUUUGACUUUAAUAUUUUCCAAAUAUUUUUUGUGUGAUUAAUGUGGAGUAUUUAGGGUUUGGAGAAAUUAAGGUAAUAUAUUUUUAAGAUUGUGUAUUGGAACGUUUGAUCUUUUUACCCUUUACACAACGUUAUCUUGUUAUGCAUUAUUUUUUCAUAUA